GUUCAGAGCAGGGCACGCGUUUUUUAACGACGUGCAGGAUUUUUGGAUACCAGAUUAGAUAUCUCUCAUGGAAAGACUAUCCUGUGGCCUGACCUUUAUCAGGAUUUCUCCUCAGUGCACUCCACUCUGCAUUGGAUUCACCAGUGCAGACUUAGAUGAGCCUGGUUAAUUUGCCUUGAGCGCUAUUUGCGCUAUAGCUGUAGGCAGAGACCUUUCAAGCAGUACAUAGCACACUUACAGAUAAGUGUGCGCUGUACAACUGUACAGUUGGCAGCUGAAUACAGUUCAUCCACUUAUACACUUCGCCAAAUUUUUUAUUAAAGGCUGUGGUUUCUGACUAGUCGUACAGCCAAAUUUAAAGAGUAGAGGUCACCUCUCCGUCCAACUUUACUAAGAAACCGAUUCGUUAGCAAAGUCUAAGGAUGACAGGAAAGAUAAUCCGACCUGCUCCUGCAGAGAUAGAGUUCAAGAAUAUGAGGUUUCUUAUCACAGAGCAACCUCAGGAUAUUACCAUGGAGAAUUACAUCAAGAUACUGACUGAACACAAGGUAUCUCACCUUGUGUGCGCUACCGAUCCUACCUAUAAAACGGAUGAACUUGUUAGAUCAGGUGUCUCUGUGUCGGAAUUAUCCUUCCCUGAUGGUUCUCCUCCCAACCCUGAUAUCAUUGAUAAAUGGCUCUCACUCGUCCAUAAGGAGUUCACAGACGACCCCGAUACCUGUGUGGGUGUUCACUGUGUGACCGGCCUGGGACGCGCACCAGUUCUAGUUGCUUUAGCGCUCAUUGAGCUCGGCAUGAAGUACGAGGACGCCGUGGAGCUUAUCCGUAAGAAGAGGCGGGGCGCUAUCAACACCAAGCAACUGGAGUUCUUAGAUAAAUACAAGAGAAAGAAGUACUUUCUUAAGGGAAAGAAUAAAUGCCAGAUUCAGUGAAGAAUGAAGAUGUAAUUCCUGCACUCGAAGUCUAGAUCUGUUUUCUUUUAUUCUAUCAUUUAUUUUUAUAAUAAUUUGUUUCCUAGUUUAAUCUUGUAUUUACACAUGCUUAAGUUUAUUUUGUAUCAAAAUUUUCGCUCUCUUAUUUUUGAUGAAAAGCUAAAUUAGUUAUUUUUAAGUAUGUUUCCUUUCUGAAAAAGUUAAACUCUGUUAUUUUUAUUUCCUUCCUUAUGAAUUUUCUUCGGACUUCAUCUACAUUUAUUAGUUAAGCGUAGCUACUCUCUCAAUGUUAAUCAAAAUGUUGUAUCCCUACAUCUUCCGCUUAUAUAGCUUGGCCCCCCCCCCUUCCCCCUUCACUGUGUCGUCUGUUGGCGGAUUUUCUAAAACUCCGAUGGCGGAUUUUCUAAAACUCCUCAAGGACAAUUUUCACAAUUUUUGUAAAUGUGCGUAACCCUGGAAUUUGUAAAAAUAUAUGAUAAAGUGUUUUGA